AUGGCCACGAAGCGCACUAGCAGGACCAGCGACAUCACGCCCAAGGUGGCCAGGAGAUCGUCCUCGGCCACGCUGGCCGCGGAGAUGGCCACGCGGCUGGCUUCGGAGCUGGCCUGCCUCUUCCAGUGCGUGGCGUGCGGCGAGCGCGUGAGGCCGCCCAUCGUGCAGUGUUGCAUGGGACACCUGGCCUGCGUUGCCUGUCGCGACAAGGACAACACCUGUCCGGAAUGCCUCGGGCCGAUCGGUGACGUUCGUGUGCCGUCCAUGGAGAGGGUGGCCGCCAUUCUGUUCACCCCGUGCAGACACUCGGUGUACGGAUGCCGCGAGCAGUUGACCAUAUGUGACCAGUGGGAACACGAAGAGACCUGCUCGACAGUGACGUUCGGCGUCGACGACGCCGACGGCGCCUGGUUCGGCAAGCGGCUGCGGCUGCAGUCGUGCUUCGAACGUCACUUCCUGCUCGUCUUCUGGCGGGAGCACGAGGACGCCUGUCGGGGAUGCUGCGUGCUGGCGCAACUCGUGGGCGAGCCCCACGAGGUGGACAGGUUCACCUACCAGGUGGACGUGACGACGCGAAACGGCGUCCGAUCGCUCACCUGGAGGGACAGGCCCCGCUCGAUCCUGGAGAGCGUCGACUCGACCCUGGUCAACAGGGACUGCCUCUUCUUCGACGCCCGACAGUUCACCGAGAGCGGCCGGCUAAACGUCGACAUCACCGUCCACGACUGCGAAGAUCGAGAAAAAGCACGAUAG